AAAAGAAUGGAUAAAUUAUCUUGCCUAACCUGUCAGAUAAGUUUACCAUCGACGACUCAUCAACGUGAACAUUAUAAAAGUGAAUGGCAUCUUUAUAAUCUUAAACGUAAAUUAAAUCAAUUAAAAUCAAUCACUGAAGAUGAAUUUAAUCAGAUAAAAAUCAAACAUACAAUGGAUGUUGGUCAAGGUCAGAAAGAAAAUUCUAAUGAAUCAACAUUCUAUUGUGAUGUAUGUGGCAAAAAUUUUGUCAAUCAAAAAGCAUUCAAACAACAUAAUGCAAGUAAUAAACAUGUUCGACAAAUGGCCAUCGCGGCUAGACUUUUGAAUCGAUAUAAUCAUAAUCAACAGAAAACUAAAUCGAGAGAUAAAGAACAACAACCCGAAGAAGAAAAUAAAGACGAAGAAUUUAAUGAAUCCGAUUGGGAAGAAAUGGAUAGUGAUGAAGAAAUUCUUGAAACAAUACCGAUUGAUGAAUGUCUUUUCUGUAGUCAUCAUUCGACCGAUAUUGAAUCGAAUCUCACCCACAUGGCUACAAUACAUUCAUUUUUCAUACCGGAUUUAGAAUAUUGUAUCGAUGUGAAAGGAUUAUUACUUUAUCUUGGUACAAAAGUUGCACAUGGACAUUGUUGCCUUUGGUGUAGUGAUAAUGGUAAAACAUUUUCAUCGACUAAAUCCACACAGCAACAUAUGAUCGACGUGGGACAUACGAAAAUAAUUUUUCAUAACCGUACCGAAUCAUUAUUGGAAUUUGAAGAUUUUUAUGAUUAUUCUUCCAGUUAUCCAAAUGACUCGAAACCGAAGGAAGAGGAUGACGAUGAAGUAGAUUUAAAUGUAUUGGAUGAUGAUAAUUAUCAGCUACGAUUACCAUCCGGUGCAAUUAUUGGUCACCGUUCAUUGAUGAUUUAUUAUAAACAAAAAUUACCUCCACAACAAAAACAAUUAGUGCCUGUGGAUCGAUCGAAAAAUCGUGAAUUGAUGAAUAAAAUUCAACGCGGUUAUCGAAUGCUUGGUUGGAAUGGUAGCUGUGCUAAUGGUUCAACAGGCCAACAAUUUGCACGUGAUAUUCAAUACAUGAAUCGUUUGAAAUAUAAAAUGGAAUUGCGAUUAGGCCAAAAAUCAAAUCAAACAAAACAGACACAUUUUCGUUGUCAAAUGGGUUUCAAAUAAUGGGAUGAAAAAAGCUGUAAUAAAGAAUUUUUUAUUUGUAUAAUUUAUACCAAUUAAAUAAAAUAGUCAUCAAUGAUAUGAAA